AAGGUUUUCGCAACUAACAAUGAGUGGCAGAGGCAAAACCGGUGGUAAGGCGAGAGCGAAGGCUAAGACUCGCUCAUCCAGGGCAGGACUGCAGUUCCCCGUCGGUCGUGUUCACAGGCUUCUCCGCAAAGGAAACUAUGCAGAGCGCGUAGGUGCCGGUGCUCCCGUCUAUCUGGCGGCUGUGCUCGAGUAUCUUACCGCUGAGAUCUUGGAGUUGGCUGGCAACGCCGCGAGGGACAAUAAGAAGACCCGUAUCAUUCCCCGUCACCUGCAGCUGGCGGUGCGCAAUGACGAGGAGCUCAACAAACUCCUGGGCGGAGUGACUAUCGCUCAGGGCGGCGUGCUGCCCAACAUCCAGGCUGUGCUGCUGCCCAAAAAGACCGAAAAGCCCGCCAAGACUAAGUAAACAGUCUGGUUGAAGUCUGUUACUUCGUAACCCAACGGCUCUUUUAAGAGCCACCCACUUUAUCCGACAGAGAGCGAAAAAUUUUUUCUUAACUAUUUUGUCAGUGGUGGCGUGCCAUAAAAAGUUGGAAAAAACGCUUUAUUAGUCACAAUUAAAGGUAUUUCUGUUCUUCACAGAUUACUGUCGGAAAAAAAUAUAACUGCCAUCUGGUUGGAGCUUCAGAGUGAGCUUUAUUUGCCAAGUGUGCGCGCAAAUGUCUGGCUAGCCUACAUUAAUCGUAUAGGAAAAGGGAAAAACAGUAUACAUCAAUAGGGGUGUGUAUGAAUGUAUGUUUAUGUAUUCUAUAUAUACAGCAGUGUUCUUCAAUAUAUUUAUAUACAUUGUAGGUAUGUAUUAUUGUCUCAUGUUGCAUAAACACCAGAGUACUGAACUAUGCAUUAACUUACAAAAA